UCUCUCUCUCUCUCUCUCUCUCUCUCUCUCGUUUCCCUUUCAUUCUGCUUCCCCGGUGCCGAAUGAAGCAGGGAGCAGGAUUAGAGUCUGCCACCGGCUAUCAGAGGAGCCUAGAUAAAAGGAACUGCUUCUUAAGCGCCACUGCAGCAGCCCUGGUUAAUUUUUUUUUUCCUUUCCACACAACAGUUGUGCCUCAUUAUCCGGUGCCUGGCUCGGAUUUUUUUUUUUUUUUUUUUUUUUUUUGGUGGAGGUUUUGAAGUUUCUUCAGUGACUGUUACAGAAGAAGAGGUGUUGGUGUUGCGGUGAAGUCUUGCUUGUCUGCUUUUAUGAAUGAAACUGACCUAGGUCACCUGUUACCUCCAGUUUUCAGAUUGUUUGAACUUCUCUGGCCGCACAAUACAGGAGGGAAGCCUGAAGCAGCAGGACCCGCUGCGCCUGCAGCAUGGGCUGGCUCGCCAGGAUCGCCUGUCUUUUCUGGGGAGUGUUACUUACAGCCAGAGCCAGCUAUCAGAAUGGGAAGAACAAUGUGCCAAGGCUGAAAUUAUCCUACAAAGAAAUGCUGGAAUCCAACAAUGUGAUCACUUUCAACGGCUUGGCCAACAGCUCCAGUUACCAUACCUUCCUUUUGGAUGAGGAACGGAGCAGGCUGUAUGUUGGAGCAAAGGAUCACAUAUUUUCAUUCAACCUGGUUAAUAUCAAGGAUUUUCAAAAGAUUGUGUGGCCCGUAUCUUACACCAGAAGGGAUGAGUGCAAGUGGGCUGGAAAAGAUAUUCUGAAAGAAUGUGCGAAUUUCAUCAAGGUGCUUAAAGCUUACAAUCAGACUCACUUGUACGCCUGUGGAACGGGGGCUUUUCAUCCGAUUUGCACCUACAUUGAAAUUGGACAUCAUCCUGAGGACAACAUUUUUAAGCUGGAAGAUUCACACUUUGAAAAUGGCCGUGGGAAGAGUCCAUAUGACCCUAAACUGCUGACAGCAUCUCUUUUAAUAGAUCCAAGGUUCAUUAGUGCCCACCUCAUCCCGGAGAGUGACAACCCUGAAGAUGACAAAGUAUAUUUUUUCUUCCGUGAAAAUGCGAUAGACGGAGAACACACUGGAAAAGCCACUCACGCUAGAAUAGGUCAGAUAUGCAAGAACGACUUCGGGGGGCACAGAAGUCUGGUGAAUAAAUGGACGACAUUCCUCAAAGCUCGUCUGAUCUGCUCGGUGCCAGGUCCAAACGGCAUUGACACUCACUUUGAUGAACUUCAGGAUAUAUUCCUAAUGAAUUCUAAAGAUCCUAAAAAUCCAAUUGUAUAUGGAGUGUUUACAACUUCCAGUAACAUCUUCAAGGGGUCAGCUGUGUGUAUGUAUAGCAUGAGUGAUGUGAGAAGGGUGUUCCUUGGUCCAUAUGCUCACAGAGAUGGUCCCAACUAUCAGUGGGUGCCUUAUCAAGGACGAGUCCCCUACCCACGACCAGGAACUUGUCCCAGCAAAACAUUUGGUGGAUUUGACUCUACCAAAGACCUUCCUGACGAUGUUAUAACAUUUGCAAGAAGUCAUCCAGCCAUGUACAAUCCAGUGUUUCCUAUUAAUAACCGCCCAAUAAUGGUCAAAACAGAUGUAAAUUAUCAGUUUACACAAAUUGUAGUGGAUCGAGUGGAUGCAGAAGAUGGCCAGUAUGACGUCAUGUUUAUUGGAACAGAUGUCGGAACCAUUCUUAAAGUGGUUUCAAUUCCUAAAGAGACUUGGCAUGAUUUAGAAGAAGUUCUGCUGGAAGAAAUGGCAGUUUUUCGGGAACCAACUACUAUUUCAGCAAUGGAGCUUUCCACUAAGCAGCAACAGCUCUAUAUUGGCUCCAUGGCGGGGGUUGCCCAGCUGCCUCUGCACCGGUGUGACAUCUAUGGGAAAGCCUGUGCGGAGUGCUGCCUCGCCCGAGACCCUUACUGUGCCUGGGAUGGCUCCUCCUGCUCUCGCUAUUUUCCUACUGCAAAGAGACGCACAAGACGACAAGAUAUACGAAAUGGGGACCCGCUAACUCACUGUUCAGACUUACAACACCAUGAUAAGCACCAUGGCCACAGCCUUGAAGAAAGAAUCAUCUACGGGGUAGAAAACAGCAGCACGUUCCUGGAAUGCAGCCCAAAGUCACAGCGAGCUCUGGUCUAUUGGCAGUUCCAGAGGCGAAAUGAAGAGCGAAAAGAAGAGAUUAGAGUGGACGAUCAUAUCAUCAGGACAGAACAAGGCCUUCUCCUGCGUAGUCUACAGCGGAGGAAUUCAGGCAACUACCUGUGUCAUGCCGUGGAACACGGAUUCAUGCAAACUCUUCUUAAAGUGACCCUGGAAGUCAUUGACACAGAGCAUCUGGAAGAACUUCUUCAUAAAGAUGAUCAUGGAGAUGGCCCUAAGACCAAAGAAAUGUCCAACAGCAUGACACCCAGCCAGAAGGUCUGGUACAGAGACUUCAUGCAGCUCAUCAACCACCCCAACCUGAACACAAUGGAUGAGUUCUGUGAACAAGUUUGGAAAAGGGACCGAAAACAACGUCGCCAAAGGCCAGGACACGCCCAAGGGAACAGUAACAAAUGGAAGCAUUUACAGGAAAAUAAGAAAGGUAGAAACAGGAGGACCCACGAAUUUGAGAGGGCACCCAGAAGUGUCUGAGUUUCAUUACCUCUAGAAACCUCAAACCAGUAGAAACUUGCUUAAGACAGUAACUGGAAAAAAUGCAAUAUACAUGAACUUUUUUCAUGGCAUUAUGUGGAUGUUUACAACGGUGGGAAAUGCAACUGAGUUCCACCAAUUAUAAAUUAAGUCCAUGAGUAACUUUCCUAACAGGCUUUCUUCCUAAUGCCAACACGUAAUAGAGGUCAGGUGAACACAGAUGUUCCCUGUAUAAGUCUUAACGUUGUCUAUGGGAUUUCACUGUACAGGUUUUGCUUUCUUUGCCUGAGAAAUAAAAAUGUCAUUUGCCAUAUUGCCAUCUAAAGAAGAAAAAUUGCAUCAGCAAAGCCAUUUUAUUUAACUAAAACUUUAAAAUAAACUGCAUGGAUUUACUAAGCUGAUGAAUAUUCCAAAACGUGGUUGGAUUCAUGGAUAUUUCUGUCUACCAGCACUCCCAUUUAUAUGUACUGGAGGAGUAAAAUGAUACUGAAUGAAAUGGUCUGUGGAAAUAUGAAAAACAUAAACCAUCCAUCAUCCAGAAGAAAAAUGGAAUACACUGAUCUACUACUGAUGUCUUCUUUCAGCUUUGAUCUAAAGAUGUAUUUUAUUAAAACUAUAAUUUAAAUGUACCAUGACAAAUAUGCAGUAAAAUUUAGCUCUUUCCUAAGCUAGAGUAGGUUUUUGUCUUACAAUUAUUGUGCUAUAUAGUUUUUGCUUUAAAAAUACCAAUUCUGUGCUGCUUUCUUUUUCAAAAUUUUGUUUUCUGUUCUGCAAGAAGUAUAGCCAAUAAUACUGUUUUAGAAAUAUAUACACAUCAUUAGAAGUUAAUUCCUAAAACCUGGAUAAAUUAUGUUUUAUUUUUCUGGGAUUUCAAACAAAUAACACGUCUCCUUCUUUAAGUAUUAUCUAAAUUAAUCUUAACCUGCAUAAUGUUCUUGGAAAAACAGAGCAUUUAAUCCCCCCAAAAAGGGAAGAAAAAAAUGCAUUUUGUUGUAUCUAAUGAAUAAAUGAGGGGAAAAGGAGCUGCAUAUUUCUUAAAAUUAAUAAGCAUUAUCUUAAUAUAAUAUUAAUAGAAAAUGUCUCUUAAUUCUGAGCUUGAAUCCCUGCAUGAUAUUUGAGACAUAAGAACUCUCUCUCUCUCAUGAUUCCAUUAGGAAUUACACCUGUGCCACCUAAUAUUUUUUUAAAAGAGAAAUCAGUAAUAUUAAGAACACUAUCUUAAAAGCAAAUUUCUUAACUCUGUUUACGUCUGUAUCAACUGCCUCUUAUUUCUCAUUAAUACAGUUAUGUCUAAAGAACAUUAAUUCUUUUCAUGUCAGUGGGAGUGACUUUUAUACAAACUGUUUUUCCAGGACACAAUCCACACUUAAAACAUGUAAAACUCUUUGUCUCUUGCAACAACUUAUAAAAUAAGGUAAUGAUUAUUAACUAAGCACUUGCCUGCUUUAUUGUCCUAAGAUGAUUCCUUGCGAGUCAUUGACUUCAAGGCACAUAGAACCAUGAGCAUUACAGUAAUUUCUUUUGCACUGCAUUCCCCUUGCCAGAAAUCCCUCUGUAGGCCCUUCAACAUGCACAAAAAUGCAAAAGAAGCAUCCUAUUGCUACUUAAUGAAAGCAGCACUGAAAUUCUAACUCUGCCUUGGGAUUCUAAUGAACUCAGCUUUAACUUCUCACCUCCGACUACAGUGAAUUUUCUAAAAUUUCUCUAUCAGCUGAAAGUUUUCACAGAUUGAAGCUCAUGUUACAGUUUUAAUGAUUAUGUUGAAUAAACAAUUUGUUGACACUUGUUUCAAAUGAAAGCCUAAAAAUAUUCAACAAUUUUAGGCUCCAUUGAUGAAUACAGUAUUACUUUUAGAAGUACAUCCUCUGAUGCUAUCUGAAUUUUAAAUUAUUUGAAGAACACACUCAUAUAUAUAGAAAAAAAAGUGUAAAAGGUAAAUCAAAGAACAAAGAGUAUUCCACAAAUAGGUCAUUCUUUUAUUUUUGUAUAGUAUCUUAACUGUACUAAAAUUCGGUGUUGCAUUUCACUCUAUAUUUGCAACUGAAACAAAUUUAUUCUCAAUAACAAAAGUAUCUUAUUUCUUAUUAGUCUUCAAAAAUAAAAGAUUUGAAGGGCUAGAGAUAAUAAUUUCAGGAUGUCUUCCAAUAUCUAAAUGUAUUUUGUUUAGCAUUGUGAAAUACCCAUGGAAAGAAAGUCUAGACUUCAAAAGAAAUAAAAACUAACAAAUCUACUGGCAUGUCUUUAUAAACCAUCAGGUCUAAGUUUUCAAAGAAAAUUAUGGCUAUAACUUGCAGGUAAAUAACUCUUAUUACAGUUACAGUCUUCUGCCAAUGUGUACUGACAGGGGACAGGUUGCACGAAAAAUAAUGUCCCAUUCAAUUUAGCUCGAUAGACUGAUAUAUGCAUGGAUCAUCAGAGUUGAAAACAAGUUAAGAGACUCCUGUGUCCUUAAGCAAAUUAUGAUGGCAGUCUUAAGGUAGGCAAAGUGUACAUUGCAGCAGAGAAUUAUGGCCCAGUUGAAAUGAAAUGUAAAAUGUAAAUGCAUGUAAAUGCACAUUUAAUAGUACUUUUUAUGUAUUACUUAGUGAUUUUCAAUGGUAUGUGCUUAAUAUUUUUGCUACCUACACAUUAGGCAAAGAGAUGUAAAUAAUUUUGAAAAGAAGACGAGUGUACAAUGCAACAUUGUAGAGGUACUCUAUUUCAGUGUGUUCAACAUCCCCCGAAAAUGCCAGAAUUCCCACCUGGGUGACAAGGUGGUUUAAGUGCUAUUUAAGGGCAGGAGGUGUGUGCCCACUCAGUAAGCAUGUUUUUUUCCAGGUAGUACACAUGUUCCAUAUCUGUAUUUAUCAUUGCAUUUCAGAUGGGAACUACAAAACUGGAAAGAAAAUGUAAUGAAACUGCUGCUGUAAAUUAUUCCUUUCGGCAUGUAUUCAGUUGCUAA